CUUACAGCUACAAGUUCGAUAAGCACAGCUGAAUCAAGUAAACCGUGCAUCGUUGUUGAAGAAAGAGGUACGGCUGACAGUUACACUGGUACUACAGUACCCAGCCCAAGCAGAAUUUCUUUGCCAGUUGGAGUUCCUCCGCCAAGCCAACGUGUUUGCUUCCUUAGCCCAACUGAAGUGACCUUUUACAAGAAGAUAGACCUCGGAAAAAUUCUUAGUAAACAUCUCUCUUCUCAUGAAUCUUGGAACCUGUGGUUCCUCCAUAACGACGCUGCUUUUGUUCGAUUUAAUUUUUCUGUCCCACAUAGUGCAAGAAUGGCUCUUCUGGCCAGAAGAAACGAACCUCCCUCAAUAACUGCUUAUGACAUCAUGGAAGUUAUUGCUGAUCACCACAGAUUGUACAGGAGAACAACUGCUGUGCAACAGGAAGAAAUCAACUUUCUUCAUUACUUAGAAGCUGGUUCUUGGUAUUUGAGUCUUAUUAAUGAUGAUAACAGGCCAGUAUUUGUUGUUUUCACUCCGAAUGUCACGAAAGAUAUUCCUCUGACAUGCCCCAAUGAAUGCCACGAUCAUGGAAAUUGUCAUUUGGGAAAAUGUCAUUGCUUUCCCGGAUACAUUGGUCCCGACUGUGCAGACA